CAUCCGGGACGGUGCACACCCUUCCAUCUCUCCUCCUUUUAAGUUUGUUUAUUAGUUUAUCAACGACACCAAACCUCCUCUCUUUCCUCCAAUCUCCACUUCUUGCCGUUGGUUUAAGACUCCAGGGGAGGGGUGAAGAGAGAGAGAGAGAGAGAUGGCGGAUUGGGGGCCGGUGGUGAUAGCGACGGUGCUGUUCGUUCUGCUGUCGCCGGGGCUGCUGUUCCAGCUGCCGGGAAGAGGGAGGGUGGUGGAGUUCGGCAACUUCCAGACCAGCGGCAUCUCCAUCCUCGUCCACGCCAUCAUCUACUUCGGCCUCAUCACCAUCUUCCUCAUCGCCAUCGGCGUCCACAUCUACACCGACUAGAAUACAACCACCAUUCCAUUCUCUCUGUUUUACUUUUUUUUUUUUUUUGCUUCUUUUAAA